AUGAACUCUUACUUCCUGAAGACUCCAGAGCACAGAGGAUAUUUAAGACGGAUGAUUACGAUUAAAGACAGCAUUCACAGAUUCGAGAAGCGUGAAUCUCUCAUAGAUGUUACACGUACACUGUUGCUGGCCACUGGUCCCACAGCCCGUAACCCUCUUAAAGGACGUAUAGUGCAGUUACUGGAUGAGUUUAAGAUAGCUGGUGUGAACGGCAUUCAUAUUUGUCUGGUGUUGGAGCUGCUGGGACCAGACUUGCACUGUUGGCAAGUGUGUUUUGGGAAUCCAGGUCUCUCUCUCACCUGCGUCAAACACGUCAUCACUCAGGUUCUUGAAGGUCUAGAGUAUCUUCACAGCCACUGCAAGAUCAUUCACACAGACAUCAAGCCUGAGAACAUCAUGCUGUGUCUCACAUCGCAGUCCUCAUCUCGUCUUCCAGGGGGCGCGAAACAAACUUACACUUCAGCCAUUAAAACCACAAUCCUCCAGGAUCCCGAAGCAGCUGCAAAGCCUGGAAACUUGGAUAAUAUCACGGUGAAAAUUGCAGACCUUGGCAGCUCAUGUUGGGUGUACAAACACUUUUGUCAAGAGAUCCAGACCAGACAGUAUCGCUCUCUGGAGGUUCUUCUAGGCUCUGAAUAUGGUCCUCCAGCUGACAUCUGGAGUGUGGCCUGCUUGGCAUUUGAGCUUGUUACUGGUGAUUCCUUAUUUGAACCCAAAGCAGGGCAUAAUUUCUCCUUAGAGGAAGACCACCUGGCUCAUAUUAUUGAGCUCCUGGGUAAGAUCCCAGUGUCAGUGGCUCUGUCUGGGAAAUAUUCCUAUCAGUAUUUCAACCGCAAAGGUGACCUGCGGCGAAUAGCUGUCCUCCGUGCAUGGGGGCUGUACGAAGUGUUGGUAGAGAAAUAUCACUUUCUCCUCAGAGAGGCCUCACUUUUCUCUGAUUUCCUGUUACAUAUGUUGGACUUCCUGCCAGAACGGAGGGCAACAGCAGCUCAGUGUCUCAAACAUCCCUGGCUAAAGCUGUAACCCUCUCUGGCUUUUUUUACUUGAAUAAGUUUCUGUUCAUGUCUGUUUUGUGUGUGUGUCGAAUGAAAAGGCCAUGGCUCCAAAGUGCUUUUUUUUCUAAAUGGGACUGUUCCAAAUCUGUAAGACUUUCUUUCCUCUGUGGAAAACGCAAAAAAGAUACUUUGAUAAAUGUCUCUGUAUUGAGAGUCAAUGGGGUCCGAUGUUGUUUGGGCACAACAUUCUUCAAAAUAUCUUUGUUUGUGAUCCAGAGUAGAAAGAAAUGCAUACAGGUAACAUUAGGGCAAGUAAACGAAGACAGAAUAGUCAUUUUUGGGUGAACUAUCGCUUUAAACAAGGAUGGCUGGGUCUGUAACAUAGAUUUGUACAUAUAGCAAAGCUUGCAUAGCAAAUAUAUUUAAAGCUUUGGAAUGUGUUUAAUCGUCUGGUACAUACAUUCCACUCUUAAAUAAGGCCUGUAGUGUUUCUAUGCAUAGAUCAGCGACUAAAAGCUAUGAUGACCAUAUGA